GCUUCCACCAUUAAAACACCCUCCAAUCUACUCUGCAAGACUGCAACUUUCAUUAACACCCCAACUACUGUAGUACCCAAAAAAAAACCAAUACCCUCCUCACCAAACCAAACCCAACACCAUCAUGCUACUCUCUGAAAGGCCCCCCAAGCUUGUCCGUCCCCUCAUUAUCUUCAUCACCAAAUUACAAGACCUGAGAAGAUCAACACUUUCUGUUCUUCUCAACCUCCCAAGUUCUCUUCUUGCUUUGGUUCUCAUUCUCCUUUUCGUCUACAACAGCUUCUAUGUCUUCAGCAUCAUUCUCCCUUUUCCCGCCAAACCCCCGCCGGAGCCCGCCAUUUUCUCGCCGCCUAAUUAUGCCGGAAAACCCUUCCCGAAGUGGGCACCUCCGUUUCGUUCUUCUCCAUCGUCGAAGAUUCAAUCCUCUUCUGUUAUGUAUGUGGUGAAAGAGGAGAACGCACCCAUGUUCUUGAAGAGCACAACCAGUUUGGCUUCUCUGCAAAACCCAACAAACUCGAUCAUGUCGAAAUCCAAGUUUCAGAGGCCAAGAAGGUUCAAAAAACACAAGAGCAAGCUCAAGGCCAUACCCAUUGAGACUAAGCUGCCUCUGUUUCGGAGCCAAUUCCCUACAAGAAUGAGAGAGUUCUUUAGUGGAAACUCUUCUGGUUCUUCUUGCAAAACCAGGUUUUUCAUGACUUGGAUUUCGUCGAAGACUCUUGGAAAUAGGGAAUUGUUAGCUGUGGAGGGUGUGUUCAAAUCCCACCCAAAUGCUUGUUUGGUCAUUGUCUCAAAGUCCUUGGAUUCCAACAAGGGACUUGAAAUUCUGAAGCCGUUUUUGGAUUUGGGAUAUCGAGUAAUGGCAAUUGCUCCUGAUUUUGACUACUUGUUCCACAAUACUCCAGCUGAGGCUUGGUUUAUUGGGUUGACGAAAGGCGAUGUGAGACCUGGUGGAGUCUCAAUUGGUCAGAACCUCUCCAAUGUGCUUAGGCUUGCUUUGUUGUACAAGUUUGGUGGGAUUUACUUAGACACAGAUGUUAUAGUGUUGAGGAGUUUGUCAAAGAUGAAAAAUGUGAUUGGGGCGCAGACAGUUGACUUCCAAACUGGUAAUUGGAGCCGAUUGAACAAUGCUGUGUUGGUUUUCGACAAGAAUCAUCCAUUGCUCUUCAAGUUCAUUCAGGAAUUUGCUCUGACUUUUGAUGGUAACAAAUGGGGUCACAAUGGACCUUACUUGGUCUCAAGGGUGGUUUCAAGGAUCAGUCGAACACCAAACCCUGGUUUUAACUUUACUGUGGUAACUCCCUCGGCAUUUUAUCCGGUGCAUUGGAGCCAGAUUCAGAGUAUUUUUCAUGGUCCGAAAGAUGAUGUUCCCUCGAAAUGGCUGCUUACAAAGUUGCAGCACAUUCGUUCUCAUAGCUUUGCAUUGCACUUGUGGAAUAGUCAGAGUAGAAGAUUGAAGGUUCAGAAGGGCAGCAUUAUUGAUCAUAUAAUGUCAGAUUUUACCAUCUGUUACAAUUCUUCUUCUGCAACUUCAAGUCUGUCAUUAUAGAAGAAGGUUCACACUUGUGUAGUCACUUGUUUUAUGUAUUGUUUUAGUGGUUGUUCUUGUAUAUGAAUAUUGUAGUGAUGCAAAAGAACAAAAGAAGAUAAUUCAUUUUUU